GAUUUCAUGAAAGGCAUGACAAAUGCCUCGCAUGCUGCCAGGAGCGACAAGACCACGAUAACCACCAAGAGAGGGAAGAUGCCCUGGAGCGAUCUCACCCCCAAGGUCAGAGGAGGAUGGAGAGGCCUCAUGCUUAGAUGGUUCAAAAAGACCGGUUGGAUUUCGUGGUUGGGUUUGGUGGAUCAGGGACUUUUACCGCCCUUAGUAGCAUCCAUCGUACGGUCAUUCGUCGUCGAUGCUGGUGUGUUCGGCUGCACAAACGUCUGGUCAUCGUUUUGUGACACGAUCUCCUCGGCUCAGAGUGUCUUGGAUCACACAACUGUUGUGCUGGUGUACGCUGAGGUCGUCAAUGGAAUACGACAAGUCGAAUGUCGUCAGAUCGCGAAGAACCUCCCCGGUCUGCGUGCCUUCGGCGGAGAUUUCAACUCUUGCGGGACACCGGGGUGUAAUCCGUUGCCAUCAGACAUGCGUGUCUUUAAUCGUCUCAAAUUGAGACCUAAUAAUUCAAAGGUGCGCCUGCAGUGCUUGAAAUGUGGUUGGAAAUCCGCAUGGGUGAAGACGGACGAAGACAACAAGCAUUUCAAGAGGGUAAACCGGAAAACGGCGCCGCAAGUUUUCUGGCAUCAUUUUCCGCCUUCUAUAGACCUGCAAAACUUUUUCGUGGACUUCACUAAAAGGACGAACGGCGAAUCUCAAGCUUCUGCGACGAAAGCCAACAGUAAGGGUAGCAAACGGAAGGGGAGGAAGAAUCGCAGUGGAGGCACCUCUGAAAUGAUCCAAGACUCAGACAUGGUGGACGCCGACGACUCGGAUGAUCUCUUUGCCAUGAAGGUCGAUGAAUGA